AUGGGCGCCGCGCCGGGCUCGGUAGCGCUGGCGGUCUUCCUUCUGUCUGCGGCUUGGAGCUGCGGGGCGCAGGAGGAGCACUACGAGCUCGGUGACGACCCCGCCACAACGGGAUGCCCGAUCUUGGCCAGGGAAGAACUGGAAGUUGUUCUGGAGCUCGAAGGAGAGGGGAACUUGCAUUUGAGCAAGCCCUUGCAGACGGCCAUUCGAGAAGGCCUUGCAACACUGCUGUUGGCUGCGGGAGUGCCUGAUGCCCGCUACAUUGGGAUCAUAUCGUCCUCACUCCCGUGCACAACAGGGAGCAAGGGUGCGCCUCGGCAGUUGCUGCAGAAGACCACCUGCACAGAAUUGGUCUUGGCUAUUUUUAUCUCAGAUCUCGCAAGGGUCAGAGAUGUCGAGCAGGUGGUGCAAGGUCCAGGAUUUUGCACGGUGACCCAGAGGGCCAUGCAUAACGCCGGAGCCCUCACCUAUUUUUGGCCACUCAACGCACUGCAUUUGAAGCAUCACCUCAGUGUACGUGAAUCACUUUUAAGAUGCUGA